CUGGCGUGAAGAGAUCAGAGCAUGUGUACACCAUUGCGGUGACACACACGAAACAGCACAGCGAAACACACCGGCCCCAGCAACACAACAACGAGCAAGCACAUACAGACGCAAGGAGAUGUCGUGUUCUCUACCUCUGUGCAGCAAGCAUGCGUGUAUGUGUGUGUCUUGCAGGCGUGAUGGGCUGCAUAUCGGCAAAGGCAGCCGACAUUGCGAAGAAGGCAGCCACACCACUGGUUGGUGCACCCUCGUGCCAUGCACUCAUUCAUCGUGUGUACGUUGUGGGGGCAAAGACGGAUGGUGUGGGCGUGUUUGAUGCAUCCAGGUGUCGGCAAGGACCGCACUCGGCAUACAGGUUAGUACACGUUUGUGUGUAUGGAUGCGCGGACUGGGAGGGAGGGACACAUCAUGUGUGUGCCUCCCUGAUGUGUGUUUAGCCGACGGUGCAGCCCAAGGCCUACUCGGUGGCCAUACAGGUGGAUCAUGACCCAUUGUUCAAGGUACAGACACACACAUGGAUGGAUGGACGGACGGACGGAUGGGUGCACCUGCCUCUCGGUCUGUCUGCGUGUGUCGCUCUGGUUACUGCAGGUGCCCGCUGAUGGCGCGCCGUCAACCAGGCGUGCGAGCAGCCGAUUCCUCUCUUCAGACAACGUACCUACACACGGAAGUCGGCACACAGACAGGCGCAUACAGAGACACACGUGCGAUUGUGUGUGCGUAUAGAUACAUGUGGGCAGCAUACGGAAGACCGCCCAGACGCAGCUCAGCGACGUCUAUGUCAUGGGUACGACUUAUCUGUGUGUGUGGUCUGAUUGUGGACAUCAAAUGGGGCAUGUGGAUGCAGGGAAAAAGUUGGCCAGUGGUGCUUUUGGGACGGUCUAUGAGGCGAGACACAAACUGCUGCAGGAGAAGAGGGGUAAAGGUCUUUUCAAUGUGGGUGUCUGCCUUCGUGUCUCAUGUUUGUGCUGCGCUGUGCUGUGCUGUGCUUACCCCUCUCUCUGUGUAUGUUUGCAGCGAUAAAGCAGGUGGCCAAGGAGGACAUCGACACGACUGACUUCAUCAGGGAGUGCGCAUUCAUGAACGAGCUCGACCACCCCAACGUCCUCAAGGUUAUCAAUCACAUUUCGGAUAAAGACAGUUUCUUGCCGCUAAUGUGUAAUGUGUACGGGCUCCCCCAGGUGCACGAACUCUUUGAAGACGAGGAGAACUACUACUGCGUCAUGGAAUUGGCAACAGGCGGGGAGAUAUUCAAGGCACGAACAGCAAUCCCCUUGACCUGCCUUGUGAACGCGUUCCUACACCUCUCUGUGGCUGUGCGUAUGUGUGCAGAGGUUUUUGCAGAGGAACUUCAAAGAGUCGGAAGCAGCGUCGAUCCUGAAACAGGCAUGGAAGCAUACAAGGCCCCUCCAAUGCACUGCACGUGCACACGUACCCACACGGAUUCAUUCAACUCAUUGGAUGCAGGUGCUGAGUGCCGUCAGCUGCUGCCACGACCGAUUCAUCUGCCAUCGGUAUGCAUACGCACAUACUUACGCACAUACAAACGUGUGGGUGGGUGGAUGGAUGCAUCAUGGUCGCACAUACGCUGCAGAGACAUCAAGAUGGAGAACAUUCUCUUUGACAGCGAAAAAGAGCAAAUCAUCAAAGUGAGAACCUCACAACACGCAGACACUCACAGAGGAAGAGAGUGAAACGCACAGGGCGCACACAGCCGCACGUCCAUGUGUGUGCAUACAGCUGAUAGACUUCGGCACAGCGAUUCGCUACGCGAAGGACAAAGAGAAUGCCAUGGAGGGCGAAUGCGGCACCAUCAUCUACAUGGGUAUACACACACGCCAAGAUGCAUACAUCCCGGUGUCAUUUCUCGUCUCUUUCUGCCGCGAUGUGUCUCUCGCUGGCUCUCUGCUCUGCUCAUCAGCGCCCGAGAUGUUUUCCGACCGCUAUGGUCCAAAGGUGGACGAGUGGUCUUGCGGCGUCAUGCUCUACAUGAUGCUGGUACGCAUGGGCACAUGCGCAUGCACAAAUAGAGGGACAUGCAUAUGCAUAUACAGGUGGGCCACCCGCCUUUCUGGGGCGCAGACGAUCAGCAAAUACGUAAGCGGGGGAGUUAGGAACGCAGGCAACCAUGGAGACACACACGAUGGUGUGUAUGUGUAUGGCCACAACAGAGGAGAAGAUUUUGAAUGCGCCUGUGGAUUUGUCGGGCACCAAGUGGCUGCCCUUCACUCCGGAGUGCAAAGACCUCAUCUUGAAAGUAGGUACCCAUGCACACACUGGCGAAUGAGUGGAGGGAGACACGAUUGUCUAUGUGCAGUUGCUCGAGCGAGACCCGUCGAAGCGGAUGAGUGCGAGUGAUGCACAGAAGCACCCCUGGUAAUGAUGUCAUGUCUCCCAACCAACACUGAUCUGAACACGCGUAUUCGAGCGCACAUCCAUAGGUUUGAGAAACACGAGAAGAGUUCGCCCCAAAGAGUGAAGGAGCAGGUCUUGCUGGCGGCUUUGCACAACAUGACCACAUUCAGCGCACCACUGCGGUUCCAACAAGUACACAAGUCCGCACACACUCACAUCCCAUCACACGUGCGUGUGUGUGUGUGUCUGUAGACGGUGCUGCUGGUGAUUACGAGACACCUGGUGACCAAGAAGGAGAGCCAAGGUGAGACGAACAACGAGGUGUUCACAUUCAUUGCCCACUCUUGCAUGUCUGCAGAUAUCUUCGGCGCUUUCCGCGAGAUUGACGAAGACGACAGCGGGGUGCGUGAGCCUGCAUCAAUGCAUUCACUCGUACGUAUCCCUCCACUCGUCUGUGAUUGCUUGUCCAGCUGAUCAAUUUCUCUGAGUUUUGUCAAUUCUUCACUUCUUACCUGCCCUAUGUUGACGAGACACUGCUCAAGCCUGCUUACCAAGUACGUACACAUCGACGAGAGGUGGCGGGGAUAGAGAAACACGCGCCCAUGUUCGUGUGCACGGAUGGAUGGCAUACAGGCGAUUGAUGUCGACGGGAGCGGCACAAUCAGGUGGGUGUCGAUGGAUGGAUGGACCCACAUGUAUAUGUGUGUGUGUGUCGCUCCGUGCAUGCUUGUAUUGUGUGCGUGCAGCUACACGGAGUUCCUGCAGGCGUCCUGCGACCGAUCAAUCUUGCUCAACAAAGACAGAAUACGGGUGUGUCUGCAACUGACACACACACACACACACACACACACACCAUGCGAGCAAAUGCGUUCAGACUGCCUUUGCGAUGAUGGACAUCGACGGCGACGGCAGGAUAUCUGUCGAGGACCUCAUGGAAGUCCUCUACCCUGGCAAGAGGUAAGUGCACCCAUCUCUCUCUGUGUACGGGUGCUCCUGUACACGGGUAUGUAUGUGCACCUGUGUGGACAGCUCGAGCACAGCCCGUACGGACUUUUGCUGCGGGCUGAUCAGGGAAGUCGACAAGUCGCUGAGCGGAUACGUCUGUAAGCAAUGAUCCGGCCCAAACAAACAAAGACAAAUGGGUGAUCGAUUUGUGUCCCAAUCGAUGAUCGACCACCAGCUUUUGAGGAUUUCCAGGAGUGUCUAUCCCAGCUGACGCCCGACGGCAACGUCAAGCUGAUGCCUCACAGACGAAGGGCGUCGCUCGCAAGCCCACUGACAGUAUGAAUGCAGACCACAGAGGGGAAGAACCCAGUGUGUACAAAUCCAUCCGUGCAGUUGCCGUCAUCGCCGACGAGCUACGCGUCGGUAGACUCGCCUCGAAGGAGAUGGAGCGUCAUGACCGGGGUGAGUGGUGGGGCCGAGCCGAGAGACAUGUGUGCACAUCUACGCCAGUGUCAUGUCUCUAUCUCUCUGUCUGUGUGUUUGUGUGUGUGUGUGUCUGUGUGCAAUCAGCCUGACAAUAUACCCACUUCUCCUGGUACCCAAACCACGAAGAACAGACACAUGUGUACGUGUCUCUCUCUAUGCACACAGCCCGCUCCGAGCGAAGUGCUAAGCCCAGCCCCGCAGCACCGGCCGCAGCAUCGGGGUCGCCCAGCUCGUCCAAGCGCCGCAGAGUCACCGACUCAUCAAUGGUCAUCGGGGCCGUCAUGGCCAACCUCGAGGGACGCUCCAACCCCACCAGCCCAUACGUGUCGGAGAGACGAAUACCGCCACUCUCGGCUGAUGAAAUGCUGCCACCGGUAGGCACAGGGAGAGAGGCAUAGAGAGAUGGGGCUAGGCAGUCGGGCGUGUAUGUGUGGAUGAUGCUGUGCAGGUGUCUUCUGUGCAAGGAAAGGGGAGGGCACGGGAGAGGGAGAGGGAGAGGGAGAGUGUGUCGUCGGUCGGGACGGCUGGGAGUGCGUCGAUGGGCCUGCAUCCGCACUCGGUCAUGAUGCCCGUCAUCCACAAGGGAGACGACACGCCCGAUGUCAUGUCGACUGACUGAUAUUUGUCCAUGAAUGUGCACGACAUGGCGGUGGUGUUUGUUGAUAUGUUUAUCGCGGUGGAUUGUGCGCUGCGUCAGUCUAUUUAUUUGUUGUUGUUGUUGCCGA